AUGGGCGGCUGCCAAGAAGCCGCCCGUCGACCUUCUCCUUCCCCGGAAAUAUCACAACCAGACCACCCCCUCCACCUCCAAGACCCCGAGUACCUCCGCGACCUCCCCAUCCCCCCAUGGAUCAACCGCCCGCAACCCACCUGGCGCCGCUACAUCCAGAAUAUCACCCCGUCCUGGUUCGCCAUCAACAUGGGCACCGGCGUCGUCUCCAUCCUCCUGUACAAUCAGCCCUACCAGGCCCGGUGGCUGCACAUCCUCGCCUACAUCGUGUUCGUCUUGAACAUCGUGUUGUUCGUCGGCAUCUUCGUCGCCUCGAUUCUUCGGUAUAUCUUAUAUCCGGAGCUCUGGCGCGUCAUGUUGCGACAUCCCGUGCAGAGUAUGUACAUUGGGACGCUGCCGAUGGGGUUCGCGACGAUUAUCAAUAUGAUAGUGUUCGCGUGUGUACCGCACUGGGGCGACUGGGCGCGGACGUUGGCAGUUAGCCUAUGGAUCGUGGAUGCGGCAGUAUCAAUAUGUUGCUGCUUGCUCCUGCCGUUCAUCAUGAUGUUCAAACACCCCCGCUCCAAACCCACCGACAUGACCGCCGUCUGGCUCUUCCCCGUCCUCCCCAACAUCGUCGCCUCCGCCACCGGCGCCAUCGUCGCCGAUGCCCUCCCCAACCCCCAACACGCCUUCUGGACCAUGAUCACCUGCUAUGUCCUCUGGGGCAUGGCCGUCCCCAUGGCCCUCGCCAUCAUCGCCAUCUACUUCAACCGCCUCAUCACCUACAAGCUGCCGCCCCGCGACGUCAUCGUCUCCGUCUUCCUGCCCUGCGGGCCCACCGGCCAAGGCGCCUUCGCUAUCAUGAAACUCGGCCAAGUUGCCCACAAAGUCUUCCCCCGCACCCACGCGCUCCCCGCCGUCGCCGCCGCCGGCGACAUCCUAUAUGUCUUUGGCUUCCUGGCCGGGCUCGUCCUGUGGGCUUUCGGGCUAGUGUGGCUGUUCUUCGCGUUCGCGUCGGUGUCGCGCAGCCGCUUCCCGUUCAACAUGGGGAGCUGGUCGUGCACGUUCCCCAUCGGCGUGUGGGUGACGGCAACGAUCACGAUCGGGAAGGAGCUGCCGUCGACGUUUUUUAAUGUCGUGGGAAUCAUCUUCUCUAUCUGCGUCAUCAUUUUCUGGCUGGCGGUGUCCAUCCUAUCGAUUCAAAAAGCGUUCACGGGCGAUCUGUUCUACGCGCCCUGUGUUGCAGCGUUAGAAUGCCGCGCUACUAUCCUAGAAAAAUCGGAGGAGUCCAGUGCCUAA